AGCUUUAACUUUUUGUUCCUACUUGUCCACCGCUAGCUUGACCACAACGCUAACUUCUCCUGCCCAACCUCAAGCGUUAUGUGGGCUUUUUCAUAGAAGCUUACGGGGUUUUCUAUUGUAUGUCUACACGUUGCCUGCUUUUUUUAAAGGCUUCGCGCACCCCCUGGUGCUCUCGCGUUUCAUGUGGUAGUGGAAGAUUGUCUUCUCUCGCUCGCUCCCUCUCCCUUCUGGUUGCUCAUUAUUCAGAGGGAGAGACACAUGCACACACAUACACACUCACUGAGAGAGACGGAUCUUUCAGGUCAUCUGCAGCUGCAGAGCAGCAGCCAGUGAAGGAGAGAGGAGGAGGAGAAAAAAAAAAGCAGGGAAGAUGGCGAUCCUCCAUUGCUGAGACCUGGCAAGGAACACGAGACUCAACAAACAACUUCCAAGCCACCAUCCUGCCUUGUGUAGAAAACACACUGCACCCAAAGCCAGCGCGCACUUGCAUACACCUUCGUGCAUAUAAAUACUGUGUAUAAAGCCGGGACUGCGCUCGGAAGGAGCAGGACAACAAGGGACUAGAGAAACGGCAGCUGCGUCCCGGGCGCUCUCAAUAUUUCCUGAUGCAAAAACUAUAAACUAUCCUAAGACCAUGGAGGUUCUUCAGUGUGAUGGCUGUGACUUUAGAGCUCAGUGUUACGAUGAUUUAAAAGCUCACAUUCAGGAUGUUCAUACCGUGUUUCUGCAGCCAACAGAUGUCACUGAGGAAGGUAGUGUCCAAGUCCGAUCUGGAGAUGUGCAUUCUAGCAGUCAGCCAGAAAAUGCAUUUUCAACUGUAAAGGAUGAAUUUGUAUCAUCAGAAGGAACCCCUGGGCAUAGUACUCCUCAAAGUUCAAGUGGGUCUUACUAUGGCCAUAGUCCAAGUUUUUAUGGUCAUUCUGCUCCUGCCAAUUCCAAGCCAACCAACAAAUUUUUCCAGUGUAAAUUCUGUGUUCGUUAUUUUAGAUCUAAAUAUCUUCUUGUAGAGCAUACCAAAAAGGUUCAUGGACAUGGUGGCUCUUUACCAGUUGCAUCGGCCAACUAUAACAUCAUGAUGCAUGAUGGAUUUGGAAAGGUGUUCUCUUGUCAGUUUUGCACUUACAAGUCUCCCAGACGAGCAAGAAUAAUUAAGCAUCAGAAAAUGUACCACAAGAGUAGCCUAAAAGAAAGCUCAUCUCAGUUGGGUCCUCAGGCUGCCCCUCCACCUGUACCUAUCCAAGAAACCUGUAAAGAACUACCUGCAGAAGUAGUUGAACGAAGUAUCCUUGAAUCAAUGGUAAAACCACUAACAAAGUCUAGGGGGAACUUUUGUUGUGAAUGGUGUACCUACCAGACACCAAGGCGAGAGCGUUGGUGUGACCACAUGAUGAAAAAACACCGUGGGAUGGUCAAGAUACUAUCCAGUUUAAGACAAGAUGGAAUGAAUAUGCCUGAUCUACAAAAUAAAAAUCCACAGAGUUCCAGUCCUAGUACAAGCUUUGUCCCACUACAUAUGGUAACUCAUGACAUUCCUAGUCCUAAUAUGUCCAAUUUUAGGGGCCCUGCAAACAACACUCUUCCUAGAGGCAAUGCAGCUGCUAAAUAUUCACCUAUGUCAUAUGCUCCGUUAAAGCCCAAACAACCUUUAAAUGCAGGCCUUAUGGGUAUGGAUGACAGGUCCCCUUAUGGAAUUCCAGAAAAUUCCAGUUCAAUUGCUGAUCUAGAUGACAGCAGUUUGCUAAAUUAUUCCAGCUCUGAUGAAGAGUAUUUGGACAUGGAUGGUGAAAAUAUCUUUAAUCCAAUGGAUCCGCAUGGGUCUGAGCUGCAUGGAGAAGGCUUAUUAGGACCUGACAACAAAUUACUAGAAACAAAGGGCAUUCCCUUUAGAAGGUACAUGAAUCGCUUUCAAUGUCCUUUUUGUCCAUUUCUCACAAUGCACAGACGCAGUAUAUCUCGUCACAUUGAAAAUAUUCAUCUGUCUGGAAAGACUGCUGUUUACAAGUGUGAUGAAUGUCCUUUUUCUUGCAAAAGUCCUUUAAAAUUUGGUGCACACAAACAGUGUCAUAGCGGUGCAUCACCUGAUUGGGAUGCUCUUGCAGUACUGAAUGAAACCAUGAGCUCCACUUUCAAUGAAACUUAUGAUAGUAACAAUAUGAAUGGCAGAAAAUCUGGAGGUGCUUUAGAGUCUUCCCAGCAGAACCCAUAUAAAUGCACUAUGUGCAACUACUCUACAACAACUCUAAAAGGUCUUAGAGUUCAUCAGCAGCAUAAACAUUCAUUUUGUGACAACAUGCCAAACAGUAACAUGAACGUUCUAAGAACAACGGAUAGUGAAGAUGAUCCAAAUUCUAGCACAGUAAGGAAGAGUCAAACGUCAAUUUUAGGAUUAUCUUCCAAAAAUAAUUUUGUAGCAAAAGUUGCACGUAAGAACUCAAAUGAUUUUCCUUUAGAUUUGUCACCUGUAAAAAAGAGAACUAGAAUUGAUGAGAUAGCAAGCAACCUGCAGAGCAAAAUUAACCAAAAUAAACAACAGGAGGAUGCCAUCAUAAAUGUGGAAGAUGAUGAAGAUGAUGAGGAGAAUGAAGUAGAGAUUGAGGUGGAACUGGAUAAAGAGGAGGAAUCUUCUGAGCAGAUAGAGACAGGAGAUCCAUAUGGUAUCCAACAAAUGUGGAAUAGAGAUUCUAAUAUCUGUCAAAAGAAUAUGAACUUCAAGAAUUUGCAGAAUUCUUAUUCAGCAACCAAUGGGGCAGAAAUUGAGUUGACUUUGUCAGAUGAUGAAGAGGAUUUCUACUAUCAGUCAAUGGGAAUAAAGGAGCAAGACUCAAACGCAUCCAUGUCUUGCAACCAAUCAAGUAUGUAUAUUGAAAAUGACCAAAACAAUGAAAAUUCUGAAUAUAGUGAAGAAUCAGGAAGAUUAUACUAUUGUAAGCACUGUGAUUUUAGCAACAAAUCUGCCAGAAGUGUCAGCACUCAUUAUCAACGAAUGCAUCCAUAUAUUAAAUUCAGUUUUAGAUAUAUAUUGGAUCCUAAUGACCACAGUGCAGUAUACAGAUGUCUUGAAUGCUACAUUGACUAUAAUAACUUUGAAGAUCUGCAGCAGCAUUAUGCAGAGCAUCAUCCAGAAGCAAUGAAUGUUCUUAAUUUUGACCAGUCAGACCUAAUAUAUAGAUGCCGCUUUUGCUCUUACACAAGUCCGAAUGUUCGAAGCCUUAUGCCACACUACCAAAGAAUGCAUCCAACAGUCAAAAUCAAUAAUGCAAUGAUUUUCUCAAGCUAUGUUGUUGAACGUCAAGAAGAGAUGAGUUCACGUCAAGAAGAGAUGAGUUCUGAAUCACAAACUUUAAGAGAAAUCUUGAAUUCUGCCCCUAAAAAUGUGGUAACAUCCACACCAACAGGUCCAGACACCAAUGCAUCUUCCUCAUUUAAUAAAAAUGCAUCAAAAUCAUUUUCUACAGAAAGUGAAAAUCAGAAAAGUUCUUCAGUUAAUAAUGUAGUUGUUUAUGACUGUGAAGCAUGUACAUUUGCAAGCCCGAACAUGCAUUCUGUUCUAGUUCACUAUCAGAAAAAGCAUCCAGAGCAGAAAGCUUCUUAUUAUAGAAUUCAGAAAGCAAUGCGACUUGUGUCUGUAGAUAGUGCUUCUGCCAUUUCACAAAUGGCAUUUGAUGGCGGUACUUCAUUAACACCAAAGCCUUCCAAUGUGACAUCACCUGCCGCAGAUGCUAAUCCUGAACUGUACUACUGUAAACACUGCACAUACAGCAAUCGCUCAGUAGUUGGUGUACUGGUUCAUUAUCAGAAAAGACAUCCUGAAAUUAAGGUUACCGCAAAGUAUAUCCGUCAGGCACCUCCAACUUCGGCUGCCAUGAGAAAUGCAGACACUCCACAAAGCACUCCAGCCAAACCACCCACUGCUUCACAGAAUUCAAAGAAGAGCAAAGCACGAUCCCAGGAGAAUGAAAUGUUCUUUUGUCAGCACUGUGAUUAUGGAAAUCAGACUGUUAAAGGCGUUCUUAUCCAUUAUCAAAAGAAACACAGAGACUUUAAAGCAAAUGCAGAUAUGGUUAGGCAACACACAGCUACUAUCAGGAGCCUUUGUGAACAAGGACAAAAGAAACCUGCAUCAAACAUGCAGUCUCCGCCUUCUUCCAAUGAACUUGAUAAAACAAAACUAAGAAGUCUGAGGUGUAGACAGUGUUCAUAUUCAACGCCUUAUGUUUAUACACUAAGAAAGCACAUGAAAAAAGAUCAUCCUAGUUUGAAAGCCACUGUCACUGAUAUUUUGCAAUGGGCCUUUUUAGAUGGAUUUAUAGAAGCUGGCUAUCACUGUGAGUGGUGUAUUUAUUCACAUCCUGAACCAAGUGGUUUACUUGAUCAUUACCAAAGAAGACAUCCUGAGCAUUAUGUAGAUUACACCUACAUGGCUACUAAGCUAUGUGCAGGUUUAGAUUUGUCGUCCUCAUCCCAAGAAUUAAAAAUCUAUAAUUGUAGACACUGUACCUUUGAUGCACAAUCUAUUUGGGAUAUUACAAAUCACUACCAAGCUUUUCAUCCAUGGGCUAUGAAAGGUGAUGAAUCUGUCCUCCUCGAUAUCAUAAGGGAAAAAGAUGCUCCAGAGAAAAAUAUUUCAGAAGAGACCACUUCUUCACAAAUUAAAUCUGUUCACAAGACUGUUGCAAGUACAGAGGUACUAAUAGAGGCUAGUGAAGAGUCUGUUUAUUCCCAAGAGAAACCUUUACAAACAGCUGUAAACAACUCUGCAGUAGCAUCUUCACCAUAUCAAUGCACAGUUUGCCUAUCUGAAUACAACAAUUUGCAUGGCCUUCUAACCCAUUAUGGUAAGAAACAUCCUGGUAUGAAAGUCAAGGCUGCAGAUUUUGCUCAAGAUGUAGACAUUAAUCCAGGAGCUGUGUAUAAAUGUAGGCAUUGUCCUUAUAUCAACACACGAAUCCAUGGUGUUCUUACUCAUUAUCAAAAGAGACAUCCUUCCAUAAAAGUUACUGCUGAGGAUUUUGUUCAUGAUGUGGUACCACACUCUGAAGUAGCUCCCAAUGAAGCUGAAGAUAAUAGUCGUAUUUUUAAGCAAGGAUAUGGUGCUUACAGGUGCAAAAUAUGUCCCUAUACUCAUGGCACACUUGAAAAAUUAAAAAUACAUUAUGAAAAAUAUCAUGAACAGCCAGAGCCUGAUAUUCUGUCAGAGACCUAUCCAAAAGAUGCAUCUCCUAUGGAACAAGAUACCCUCUCAGAUGAAACAUCUCAAAUGUUUGAUGAUGAAGAACCUGGUGAAGUUAGGGAAACAAAGAGUUAUUCACGGAAGCAUCUGAACUCCCAUACUGUGUUCAAGUGUCAGUUAUGUAAAUACUUCUGUUCUACCAGAAAAGGCAUAGCCAGGCAUUACCGCAUUAAACAUAACAAUGUACGGGCUCAGCCAGAAGGAAAAAACAACCUUUUCAAAUGUGCACUAUGUAAUUAUACCAAUGCAAUUCGCAAAGGCCUUGCCGCUCACUACCAAAAGCGGCAUGAUAUUGAUGCCUAUUAUACCCAUUGUCUAGCAGCAUCUAAAACAGUUAGUGACAAGCCAACCAAAGUUGUAGUUCCUACCCCAACAAAAGAUUAUUCACCAGAAUUAAGUGAUGAACUGAAGAAAGCAGUAGAAAGAAAAAAAUGUUCUCUCUGUUCAUUCCAAUCCUACAGCAAAAAAGGUAUUGUUUCCCAUUAUAUGAAACGCCAUCCUGGGGUUAUCCCUAAAAAGCAAAAUGCUAGCAAGCUAGGUGAUUACUUCAUACCGGUGUAUGCUGAGGACAAUGAACUUCAAGGCUCUGCUGGGGAAAAAGAUGAAACUGAGACAGCAGAUGUAGAACUAGAGUCCAAUGAAACAGAAUUGCUUCCUUUUAGAUGUAUUAAGUGUUUCAAGCUCUCAUUUAGUACUGCUGAACUCCUGUGCAUGCAUUACACAGACCAUCAUACCAAGGAUAUAAAGAGGGACUUCUCCAUAUUGGGUACAACUGGCACACGCUCCUACACUACAACCUAUCAGUGCAAGCAUUGCAGUUGCAAACUGAGUAGCCUGGCUGAACUAACAUCACACUUAAUAUGUCACAAUGAGGACUUCCAGAAGAAAGCUAAGCGUCAAGAAAGGAGGAAACAACUUUUGAACAAACAAAAAAAUCUUGAGAAUGCCAUAAACAAACAAGAAAGGUUUGGAAAUAGUCAAGAUCUAACUCAGAAACAAGAAAAAGUAGUUGUGGGCUACAAGUGUAAGUUUUGUGUGGAAGUUCACCCAACACUUCGGGCUAUCGCCAACCAUCUUCGUAAACAUAUUCAGUAUGGAAAUGUGCCUCCAAUUCCUCCUGACCAAAAGUUUGACAAAGAAGAAACCUCCAUUCAAGAUGGAAGUAAUGAGCCUGACACCCUAGUGAAAGAAGAGACUUUGGAAGGCGAGUCAAAGGAAUCCAAACAGGAAAAUAAAUCCAGGGUGGGAGGCUAUCCAUGUAAACAGUGUGAUCGUGUUCUUAUGUCCAUGCAAGGUCUACGGUCCCAUGAGAGGAGUCACUUGGCAUUGGCAAUGUUUACUCGAGAAGACAAAUACAGCUGCCAGUAUUGCUCUUUCGUCUCUGCCUUCAGGCACAACUUGGAUCGCCACAUUCAGACUCAUCAUGGGCACCAUAAACCAUUCAGAUGCAAACUUUGUCCUUUCAAGUCAUCUUACAAUAGCAGACUGAAAACGCAUAUUGUGAAAGCUCACGGUGGUGAUCAUGCAUACAAAUGUUCCCUUUGCUCGGUGUCAACAAUGAAAAUUAGCCAGUUGAAGGAUCACUCUUUGAAAGUUCACGGGAAAAUGCUAACACUGCCCAAGCCACGCCCCAUAAUUCAAACGGGCCCACGUGUCAAGCAUACUUCACGCAUUGGGAAUAUGGAUAAAGAUCAUGAUGGUACAGAAGACUCUUCCUAUUCUGAACCACCAGAUGUUCAGCAGCAGCUCAAUCACUACCAGUCUGCUGCCUUGGCUAGAAAUAAUAACAAUAGUCCUGCACCUCUUCCUGUGGUCAGCAUUGCAGCUGAGCAGAAAGACGAGGCAACCCUCAGCUGUGAAUUUUGUGAAUUUUCUUCUGGAUACAUACAAAGCAUUCGCCGUCACUACCGAGACAAACAUGGAGGAAAGAAGCUCUUCAAAUGCAAAGAAUGCUCCUUUUAUACAUGCUUUAAAUCUGCUUUUACUAUGCAUGUUGAAGCUGGACAUUCAAUAGUUCGUGAAGAAGGGCCAAAAGAUCUGCGAUGUCCUCUUUGCCUGUAUCAUACCAAAUAUAAACACAACAUGAUCGAUCAUAUUGUGUUGCACAGAGAAGAGAGAGUUGUUCCCAUUGAAGUCUGCCGCUCUAAGCUAUCAAAACAACUACAGGGAGUUGUAUUUAGAUGCGAUAAAUGUACUUUUACUUGCUCCAGCGAUGAGAACUUGCAGCAGCAUAUUGAGAAGCACAAUGAACUGAAACCCUACAAAUGUCAACUCUGCUACUAUGAAACCAAACAAAGUGAGGAACUUGACGGCCAUCUAAGAGAAGAGCAUAAGGUGAGUCGUAACUUUGAACUGGUUGGACUAGUUAAUUUGGAUCAGUUGGAACAAAUGAAAGAUAAAACCGAGAAUUCAAGCAGUGAUGAAGAAGAAGUGGCCAGCAAACCUGAAGAGACUGUGAUGCCUUCUAACGAGAAAACUCAGACUCCGGAAAAGCGGUUUCCAUGUGAAUUUUGUGGAAGAACUUUUGCAGUGGGAUCUGAAUGGGAACGCCACGUGUUAAGACAUGGCAUGACUGUUAGAGCAACUGGAAAAGGAAAUGAAGAAAGCAAAAAACCAAAAGAUCUAGAGGACAGCAAAAAAGAGUUUGUUGCAGUCAAAAUAGAGACACCAGAGGAAACCCUAGAGGAAAAACAAACAGAUGCUGCCCAACAGACAAGCAGCUCUAGUUUUAAAAACUUACCUCUUGUGGAGAAAGUGGAAACAAAAACUGAAUAAGUCUUUUUAGAAAACGAGAGGACUUAACGUACGUGAGCACUGCAGAUGUGGAGGGAAUUCAAAUAGCUGCUUUUAGGACCUUGACAUCUGUUUUCAAAGCACUGGUUCUCAUGUGAAAAUAAGAACAUUCUAUUUAAAUGUGGACAUGUCACUCAGUGACAUCACUAAGUCUUUUUUUUUGUUCCUUUUCUUUGAAAGUAAUUCCAUUAAGUUUGGACUGAUGGGAAGCGAAGUCUUCUUCCAAAACUGAAUUAAUUAAAAAAAAAACUUUUUUUUUUUGGUUUUAUUUUUUUUUCACAUCGUUAUUUUGGGACACAUUUGUACUUUUUAAUAACUUACUUUCCAUAUUGUAGCUUGCUGAGACAAGUUCAGAAGUUCUACAAUUAUCUACAGCACCCAGUGACCUGAAUGUUGAUAAAGCUGGGAAAAUGGGAAUAAUGAAUUUUUAGUUGAAAACGUUACAAAGUUACCCUGCUUUGUUAUACCUUCAUGAACUUAAAAUGUCUUAAAAUGCUUUGAUUAUUUUUUUUUUAUAUAUUUUAAUAAAUUGUUAAUAAACAUAAGGUAAUGGGUCACUAUA